AUGUCCGAGUCGUGUGCGACCGCCGGUCUUCAUCGUUCCGUUCUUCUUUCCUAUCACUACAUCAUGGCUCCAAGCAAGAUCUCUGCUGUAGCCCGCACAGCCAAGCAUGCUUCCGCAUCGUGGCAAGCUGCCAAGUCGGCUCCAGUUUCUAGAACACUUUCUAAAGCUGGCCAAUAUCAAGCAUUGAGAAUGGUCGGUGGUUCCAGAGCUGCCUCAUCUGGGUCUGGACCUCAAACCAUGACGGUUAGAGACGCGUUGAACUCGGCCAUUGCCGAGGAGUUGGACCGUGACGACGGAGUGUUUUUGAUGGGAGAAGAAGUUGCCCAAUAUAAUGGUGCCUACAAAGUUUCACGUGGAUUGUUGGACAGAUUCGGAGAGAGAAGAGUGGUUGAUACUCCAAUUACCGAAAUGGGAUUCACUGGAUUGGCAGUGGGUGCUGCGUUGGCAGGGUUGAAACCAAUUUGUGAGUUUAUGACUUUCAACUUUGCCAUGCAGUCGAUCGAUCAUAUCAUCAACUCGGCCGCGAAGACCUACUAUAUGUCUGGAGGUAUUCAACCUUGUAAUAUUACCUUCAGAGGUCCCAACGGUGCUGCUGCUGGUGUUGCUGCUCAGCACUCGCAAGAUUACUCGGCAUGGUAUGGUUCCAUUCCUGGUCUUAAGGUGAUCUCUCCUUACUCUGCUGAAGACUACAAGGGAUUGAUGAAGGCUGCCAUUAGAGACCCUAACCCAGUUGUGUUCUUGGAAAACGAAAUUUUAUACGGUGAAUCGUUCGAGAUGUCGGAAGAGGCAUUGAGCCCCGAUUUCGUGUUGCCCAUCGGUAAGGCCAAGAUCGAAAAGGAAGGUAGUGACCUCACCAUGGUGUCGCACACCAGAAACGUUGCCCACUGUUUGGAGGCUGCCGAGAUCUUGCAAAAGGAAUACGGCGUCAACGCCGAGGUCAUCAACUUGAGAUCCAUCAAGCCAUUGGACGUCGAAGCCAUCAUCAACUCGGUCAAGAAGACCAACCAUUUAAUCACCGUCGAGGCUGGCUUCCCUGGUUUCGGUGUUGGAUCCGAGAUCUGUGCUCAGAUUAUGGAAUCCGAAGCUUUUGACUACUUGGACUCUCCUGUCGAAAGGGUUACUGGAUGUGAAGUGCCAACUCCUUACGCUAAGGAAUUGGAGGACUUUGCAUUCCCUGAUGUCGAGGUGGUGAUGAGAGCCAGUAGAAAAGUAUUGGGUUUAUAG